AUGUUUCAAAAAUUAUUUCGUUUAAGAAAACAUCGUUCAUCAUCAUCAAUAUGUUUUCCUUACAUAUUCUAUUUUCUUACUGUUUUACUGUUUAUUGUGUGUCUAUUCAUUUCGGAUCUUUUACCUAAACGAAGUCAGAUAUUUUUUGAAAAUGUCUAUGAUACAUUUAAACAGCUUACUUGGGAAAAUAUAUUAACAGAAAAAUAUAUUCGUGUACAUUUUGUUCCGUUUUUAUAUGUCAAUAUUUGUAAAAAUGAUGAUCAACUUCUAAUUUACGUUCUAUCAACAUUAAAAAAUAGUGAAAGGCGUAAUCAUAUUCGUAAAACAUGGGCAAAUAAAAAAUAUCAUUCAAUGUUAUCAAAAACAUGUUUUAUAUUUAUUGUUGGAACCCAAGCAUCUGGAAUGGAUACUGAAAAUUAUCAAAAACAUCUCAAUAAUGAGCAACAAUUGUACAACGAUAUUGUUCAAAUAAAUCAUCGUGAAUCAUAUCAAAAUGUUGUUUAUAAAGAAAUAUCUGCUCUACAAUGGUCUUAUAAAUAUUAUCGUUUUAUACCAUUUCUAUUCAAAACUGAUGAUGAUCUAAUUAUUGACAGUAUUUUUCUUUCAUCCAUUGUUCAUUCAUUAAUACGAAAAGAUGUGAAGAAUACAUAUGCAGAUAAGAAUCGACCUCAUUUGAUGUCAAGUUUAGUACCAAUCAAUCAUAAAGCAUUUUUUAAAGGAUGGGGAAUGGGUCAACAACCAACAUUACGUGAAGGUAAAUUUGGUAUUAGUCUUAAAGUUUGGCCACAUGAAAUUCUACCACCAUAUUGUUCUGGUUUUGGAUUUAUUAUGUCAUCUGGUGUUCGCGAUCGUCUCUAUCGAGCGUCACUAUUCUAUAGAACUGAAUAUGUGGCAUGGAUUGGUGACGUAUUUAUAUCGGGAUUUUUAGCGAGAGUUGCUCAAGUACAAUGUACAGAGUUUGGUAUCGAUUAUGAACAAACAGGAAGUAAAAAUUGUUCGUGUUUAAUGAAAAAAAAAUCAAUGUUAACUGUAUGUUCAACGGUGCUACAUAUGGGAAUUGAAGAAUAUGAUGAAUACGAGAAAGCAUGGAAAUUUAUUCUACAACGACAUCAGCCAAUAGCGGCAAAUGAAACAGAAAAUAAGGAUGAAAAGUGUUGA